AUGUUAUACAAUCAAGAAUCAGAAUGGAAUUCAAGAGCACCAUCAUAUGCAUAUGAAUCCGAUUCAUCAGAUGACGAAUGGACAGAUACGAUCAAGAACACAGAAAACUUAAACUUAAACCACCCAACUGAAAAACUAAACAAACCUAAAGAAAAGCGUCAUGAAGAAAAAGAAGUUAAAUUUGAAUGGAAAACUGGGUUACCUGAACCGAUCGAAUUUGGAAAACCAUUGUUAAUCUUAAUAGGUUCCAUCACUAAACCGAUCAGUCAAUCUCUUAAACUAGAACCCCCUUUACUAAUCACACUAAAUUAUAAACAAACACCUUAUGUUUAUUUAGAUAUAAAAAAUCGGAUUGUUUAUUUCCCAAAUCGUACAUUGAUUUCAUUAAACUUACAAACCAAACUCUGCCAAGAGAUUUUCAAAAAACUAAACCCAACAGGCAAGAUUAUUAUUGUUUCGAGUUAUGAAAUAUCUAAUUAUAUCAGUUCGAUUCAUCAAGAGAUCUCAAGUGUUAAAUAUUUGUGUUCUUAUAAUAAUGAUGAUCAAGAAGAAGAAGAAAAACUUGAAAAGGAUACAAGACUUCAAAACUUUUCAAUCCCGAAUUUAAUUCAAGGAAUAGAUGCAGCAAUUUUCCUACAAGCCGAAAUAAUCCAAACCAAACCAAUUCUAUUUCUUUUACCAAACCAAUCAGAGACAGAAACAGAGUUAUACGAAAGCCAUUCAAGAAGCAAUCCAACCCACCCACCCAUCCAAGGAACCCAAGCCGUUGUAGAAUACGUUUCAAAAACAAUGAAUAUUCAAUGUAAAAGUUCAAAGGAAGAUAAGUUGAAUGAUGAUGAUGGAUUUAAUUGGAAUUUGUUGAAUCAUUUGAAAGCUAGUGUUGGAAUAAAUGAUGAUUAUAUGAGAUCUAUGUAUGUUUAG